AUGCCUCCACACUCUUCUUCCUACGAUAACUUUACCUCUGAAUCCCCUGUGGCGCUUAAAGUUGUCUCUCCUAAUGUUCGUUACACUGACUCCCAUAUUUUCGCCGAUUAUGUGUACAAUAACGUCACUGUCACCAAAAGUGACAUUGAUGGCACUCUCGAGGUUGUGCCCACUGAAACAAAAUACCAAUUUAAGACAGAAUUGAAGAUUCCGAAAGUCGGAUUGAUGAUGGUUGGUUGGGGUG